AUGAGUUCUUGCAGCAACGUCUGUGGGUCCAAGCAGGCACAGGCUGCUACUGAGGGCGGGUACCAGCGCUAUGGAGUCCGGUCCUACCUGCACCAGUUUUAUGAGGACUGUACCACCUCGAUCUGGGAGUAUGAGGAUGAUUUCCAGAUCCAGAGAUCACCUAACAGGUGGAGCUCAGUAUUCUGGAAGGUUGGACUCAUCUCGGGCACAGUCUUCGUGAUUCUCGGAUUGACUGUCCUGGCAGUGGGCUUUCUUGUGCCCCCCAAAAUCGAAGCCUUUGGUGAGGCCAAUUUCGUGAUGGUGGACACACACGCUGUCCAGUUUAAUGGAGCCCUUGACAUGUGCAAGCUGGCGGGCGCCGUGCUCUUCUGCAUCGGGGGCACAUCCAUGGCAGGGUGCCUGCUGAUGUCGGUGUUCACAAAAAGCUACUCCAAAGAAGAGAAAUUCCUUCAGCAAAAGUUUAAAGAGCGAAUCGCAGACAUCAAGGCCCACCCCCAGCCCAUUACAAGAGCUCCAGGCCCGGGAGAAACAAAGAUACCAGUCACUUUGUCCAGGGUUCAAAAUGUCCAGCCCAUAGCAGCAACCUGA